AUGCCGAGUCAUAAUAACAAAGCUGACGUCCUUUUAAAUAUUGAUGAUGACCUGGAUGGUGUUGACGAUUUUUUAUCGGAAGAGCCAAAUCCAUUUGAAGAUGACCGUCCAAUCCUUAGCGAUGAAGCACCAGAGUUAAAUCAAGACAAAUCAUCAGCAAACGUUCAUAACACAGAUUUUGGCACAAUGAGAACUAUUCCUCCAUCGUAUGACGAAACAAUUGCAAUUGACAAUGAAAAUAACGGAAACAUCUCGAAUUCCGAUAGAGGAAAUCUACCACCAGGGUUUGUUAACUUUUACUCCCAGUAUUUCCAGUUAUCUACGGAGACAUUUAAAAAAAGACUUUUAGCAAGUUUGAAAUUCAAACCAUCAAUAUUUUCAAUUAGUAAUCAGAAGGAAAUAUUUGGAGCUGUGUGGAUUACGCUGUCAAUCAUCCUUCUAAAGUUUAUAUUCCCUGCAUUAAUAAGUUUAAUAUAUGACGGAAUUAUUUUGGGCCUCAAGAUUAACGCAGGCAAUAGAAAUGAGAAUUUCAUAUCAUUAGUACAUUGUUUUUGGCUCUUUGGUGUUUAUACUUUUGUUAUUCCGCUUCUUUCGUUACAGUUUAUAGCAAGAGAUGAAAAUUCAUCCAUUGGUGAAAAUUCCAAGAGCCCAGUUGGUUUAAUAACCAUUUAUGGUUAUUGUAAUACUACUUGGGUUUUUGUAUUUCCAAUUUUGGAUAUAUUAAAAAGAUUUGACAGUGCGAGAUACGUCACCAUAUGUGAAUGGGUCGUAGCAGCACUAGGUUGGUUGAAAAUGAUUCACUUUAUGUAUUUCCAAAUCUGUUAUGAAAGACAAGGUGAUGCAAGUCCAAAGUUGACCACUUCCUUACUUGCAGUUAUUGCUUUACAUACCAUUUUCUGUGUUCUGGUUAUGCUAUUUUUAUAUUAA